UCACGCGAUGGAAGGAGCAUGAGAGGGAGAUCACUGGGCCCCGGCUGUGCGUUUUGCGGGAGAGCAGCCUCCAGUCCAGACAGAAGAAGUGACUUGCCCAAGGUCACACAGCAAGCAGCAGAGGGACACUGGGACACCUGGAUAGAUUGAGGACCUUUGGGAGCUGGGCCGUUGGCUUGUGCCCAAAGACAAAGGAGAUCAAGAUGACCACAGCCGCCCCCACAGGGACAACCCCCUUCUUCUCACUGAAUGUCACCACCAAGGAAGAAGACUCUCUGUAUAAAAGUUCUGGAGCCAUCGUCGCUGGUGUCGUGGUGGUUGUCGUCCUCCUCCUCACCGCGGUUCUGUACGUGCUGAAGAGGUACAACAGCACUCGCCGGAUUGCCGGAACCUUCAGUUCCUCCCCGUAUGCCACUGGUGCCCAGCAAGGUGCUACCCCAGCGAUGGAGCUCAAAGAGAUUGAACCUGAGAAAAUGAGGGCAAAACGGGAGCUGGAGCCCAAGGGCGCCAAGCCAGCCUCCUUUUCUGCCCAGGGCCCCAAGAGAGGCGGCGGCAAGCACUCUGCAUCUGUGACCUUCAGCCCUGUUGAUGUCCAGAUGAAGAUCCGGUGACCGGCCCACCCUGGUGCUGUCUUGGCCACACCGUCUGAAGAGCCUUCUGUAGUCCAGACCUAGAAGCACAUUUCUCCUCUGGCAACUUCACUAUGAGUUUCUGCAAUCCCUGAUGCUUCAGGCAACCCCAACCCCAUCUGGCCCUGCCCUGUCCCCCACCCCGCCCCCUGCUGUGUCUGUGUCUUUACUGCCACCUUACCCAAAAACCGCAGAGUGCUCUUUUGUCAUCUGAGGAGGUGGAGCUAUGUUGGGAAUCCAGCAAUGUGCGUUCGUGGGUUCGGGAGAUCGGGGAGGGGAGGGGAGAAAGAGAGAAACAAACAUAGAUGCAAUCAGUUGCCUAUCCCAUGUGCCCUGACUGGAAACCCGCGACCUUUUGGAUUAUGAGAGGAUGCUCCAAUCAAAUGAGCCACACUGACCAGGGCCUGUAACUUCAUUUAAAUAUCCACCAAGUACCAGGCAUGUGCGAGGUGCUUUCACACAAAUUAUCUUAUAGAAUUUAUUUUUCCCCGAUAACCUCGGGAGGUAUUCUUUUCCCACAGAUGAGAAUUUCAAACUCAGAGAAAAAUAGUAUUUGUCCAAAGUCACACAGCUAGGAAGUUGCAAAGGCUCAAACCCAGGUCUCUUUGACCCCAAAGUCCACCUUUAUUUUGUCUCACACUCUUCCCCACCAUCCUGAGUCAAAGAGCACAGAUUUGUUGUGAGCUGAACGAGAAGUGGACACCCUUGCCCAUGUGUCGAGUGGAGGUCAGCGGUCUGGCUUCCAGAUCGAAGGCAGGGGCAAAGCCACGGCGGUAGCUCCUUUGAGCUUCCAUGAUUGUAGCAAAGGGAGCCCCGUCUAAACCCACACAAGCUCUGCGGAUUCCUGCUUCAUUUCCCAACACUUAGGCCCAAGGAACCAGGCGUGGAACCAGGGCAAAGCCAAAUAGUCUCGAGCUCCAAAUAGAUAUAUUCCCUGAAUGUAUUCUGCUUAAAUUUGUUUGCAAUGUUCCAGCCCUGAAAUCAGACUCUCCUGCCCUCAGCCGACUGGACCUGGGAUUUCUAGAAUUCUUUUCUAAAAUCUGUUCUUUUGCUAAAUGAAAGCUUGGAAGUGGAGGAACGAAGGGAAGGUGGAGAGGUGAGGGGAGGAAAUCAAAGAGUGUUAGUGUUUUGUCUUAUCUGAUGAAAGUCCUUCUAGGGUUCCUACGUGCAAGUUAGGUGCUACUCACUAUCCCACUCCCUGCUCAAGGAGUCUACAGCUGGUGACGGGGAUCUUGCAAUGCUUUUGCCUAUUUUCUUUCUGACAAGUGCCUUUCCUAACUGAGCAAAUGCUAUCUUCUUUG